AUGGCCACAGGAAAUAGGGUGCCGGAGAAUUUCUCAACCCUUACUCCAGUUGUGAAAGCUCCGAUCUCGGACACUUUCUCUCUUCCUCUUUCUCAACAAGGUCGUGUAUGUGGAUUCUUUGAAUCUCAGUUCUAUCGAUGCAUGGAAGCUUAUGGAGCUAAACUUGGCCGUAAGUAUUGCGACUUAGAACACAGAGACUUCCAGGAAUGCUUAACUGGUGACAAGCAGAAGAAGAGAGCUGAGGCUAUUGGAGCUCAGAGACGAAAGCUCUACAUGGAAGGAAAGAUCGACUCUCCAUAUCUUGCUGAUCAUCCAGAGCCUGGCCAGUACAAGCCGGACUAUUUCCAAUGGAAUCGCAUUAAUUAG